AUACUAUUCCAUUUUGUCCCUCUCUUACCUUUGCAUCCAUUAUUAAUGAUCAAGUUCUCUUUAUUCAACCUCUCAACAAACUAAAGAGUGAAAGAUCACGCUGAAGGAUAGAAAUUAAAUUAAAGCAACUUAAUUAGCAGUAUAGCAUGUCCAACAAUGGCAGCAACAACCCUUAUGUUCAAAUUUCCCCUCUUCAGACCAACCGUCCAAAGCCAAUGGAUACGGUGUGUGAUGCAUUAAACCGCUGCAGCAGGAAGGUUGGAAAAGCAACUAGAAGAGCUGAGACCAUGGCUGACAAUUUCUGGAAUCAUAUCAGAAUUGGUUCUAGUCUUGCUGAUGCAGCAGUGGCUAGAAUCGUUCAAGGAACAAAGGUGCUUACACUAGGAGGACCUGAUAUAUUAUUUCAACAAUCAUUUGGGAAUUUUCCAGGAGAGAAGCUCAUAAAGUCAUUUGCUUGCUACUUAUCAACAUCUACUGGACCUGUAAUUGGAACAAUAUAUGUAUCAACUAAAAGAGUAGCCUUUUGCAGCGACUAUCCACUGUGCAAUUAUCCACUCUCCCUGCAGCAAAACCAGAGUGUGCAUUAUAAGGUCGUGUUGCAACUCGAUCAGUUAAGCACGGUUAGUCCUUUCUCAAAUAGAUUUAACCCUGCAGAAAAAUACAUGCAGCUUGUCACAGUGGAUGGUUAUGAAUUCUAUUUUAUGGGGUUUAUAGCAUAUGACAAGGCUCUCAAGACAGUAAGAGAGGCUUCACUGCAAUAUCACAACCAUUCCAGAGAAAGCUCGAAUGCUUGAAUUAUUUUUCAUCUAUGUGCUGGACACACACCCUUGAACUACAAUGUACCCUAUUCCAAUUUAUUUGGUAGCAAUUAGCUGAGAAAUGAGCAUAUGGCAAAUUUGAUCACAAGUUAAUGGGGAAAGCCCCUCCCUAGAAUUAAUGUCGACCCAACGAUAAACGAGGUUUAAAGUGAAUUUUAAAAGAAAUUUUAUGCUUUAAA